UACAGUGUGCACGUAUACCUUGCUAUGGAGCUGGUCAAGGAGCUCGGAGAUCCCAUUGAAUUAGUCCUCGCCGAAGAUCACGUCGUUCUGAAACUGGACACUGCUUGGCCGAGGGACGUGCCGGUACCAGAAGGACUCUCCCUCGCCGACGACAACCGCCUCCUCCUGGUCGCGAACCAGAGAUCUUUGAUUUCCACAGCGAAGAACGGGUUGCCACGCGAGGCGAGGAUCUUGAAGGCCCUGUUCUGCGGUUGCGUGUCCUUUGAUUCCUGCGACCGCUACGCCAGUGCUGCCAGCGAGCUGCUCCGAGGCACCCAGGAGAUAUAUAUCGUCCACAACAAGGACAAGGUGUACAAGCUUGUGCGCAUGUUCCCGAACGUCAGGGUGCUGGCUCUACUGCACGACUGUUGCGAGCACGAAUUGGAAUUGGAUGAACUGACCAGGGACCGUUCCGCAGCGCUGGUGGAGCACAGUCAACUGAGGCAGCUGGUGGGAAGUGUGGGCAGCCUACGCGAAGGCUGCCUUCUCAUAAGUCGCGAGACGACGCUUGCGCUCUUGCGCACUUGCCCUGACGUGUGCCGUAUUGACUCCCCGUGGGUCCUGAAUUGCUUCAAGGGGCCGCGCGGCUUGCCCACCUCGAUGGAGGGUCCGAGUGCAAAGAGUUUCAUCCACCUCUGGCUAGGCGCUCGGGGCCGAACGUCCAGCGGAGUGCAAAAACUCGUAGCAACGGCAGCUGACGUGGCACGUGCUGCAAAAAUGUUUCCCUUCAUCGAAAUCUUGCAGGUGGUUGUGGACUCGCUGGAAGCGCUUGCCAAGGUGUCGGCGUUUCGUAACCUCCGCCGCCUCCUGCUGGGAUUUCCUCCAUCUGCUGGCUUCCCUGAUGUGGAUUCAGCACUGAAGCAACUGCUUACCGUGUGGCCGGGGCUCGAAGAGCUGGCGCUAGAGAAUUGCAGUGGUGUGACGCUCUCCACAGUCGCGGGUCUCUGUCCGAAAAUCAAGGUCUUGAAGCUCUAUGAUUGCAAUGGAUCCUUAAAGGAGAGUCCUCUGGACGCCGAUGCCUUUCCUAACCUAGAAUGCGUCGAGAUUAGUAUGCAUCUCCUGAAGUUCGUCUUCUACUCAUUCUUGUCUGCCACCCGCCAAACGCUUCACACUGCGUGCUUCGCCGAUGACGGGAUUUGCUUGGAGUUUCUGCAAUACUGCAUUCAAUACGGCCGACGCCUGCCAUUUACGCGCCUCGAGCACCUGACUUUGGUCACAGAACUGUCAUUGCAUGCGUUGGAACUUGAGCCAAAGGAGCUGCACGACGUAUUGAAAGCCCUGCCUGCACUCCGACAUCUCGAGACGGACAGUUAUGACCUGCGAAUGUUCUUUGAGAACUACUGCGUUCCACAUGGUCGCUUGUCCUUGUCCUGGAUCAGAUGCGUCUACUGCCACGUCCACAAUGUAGACUGGCCUGGGAGAUGUCAGCAAGCGGUGGCCGCCUCUCUCAGAGCCAGUUCUGUUCCGCGCACCUAAGGAAUACUGGAGAUGCAGCGUUUUCAAAAUGCGGGUAUGAUGAACAUCGGCGGAUGUCUGUUUCCCACAGUAGUCGCAACAUUCCCCAUCUGUCCCUUAUUCCAAUAGAGAUCCGGCUCUACUAUAAUGAUGUAUGCCUGCCGGAUGUUCUCACAAGACCAACAGGAGCUGUGCAACAGUGUCUCACCAGGCAACACUGUCCCGAUUCAGUACAUGAUUUAUCCUUGGCGCAAAGUGCUUGUUGACCGGGCAUUUGGACUUCUUUCAGUGGUCCGACUACUUCAUGCUGAAGAAUGGAUUUAUUUUUAAACCAUACGAAAUACU